ACGACUGAAUACUCUUUUAUUAAAAGCUGUCCUGCAUAGCCUAUGACCAUACUCAUACGCUGCACAGUUUCUUAGCUUCAAAUUUUAAAGAAUCUCCUUCAUCAUCGCUUCCUGUUCUUGUUUUAUGCUGUGUCUUGUAGCUAGUAAUGUUUGUUUUACACACACACCUUAGUUAUCAAAGGACAUGGCUUCUAAAAGUUUAUACUGUUUGAAUUUUUUGGCUCAUGUACCAAUAAUAACAUAAAGACAUGAACACAUGUUUAUCAGCCUUUGUAGAUUUGUGUAUACUAUUUCCUGAAACCUCUUCCAUGCAUCUUGUAAGUCUGUUAACUUUAGGAGAGUUGUCAUAGACAUCAAAGAGUCCUUCAUCAAUUUUGAUAUUGCAUGUAAAAUGAUAUGACCUUUCGUAAUUUCAUAAGCAUGUUAAUGGAGACCAAAUCAUUUUUCUGUCAAACAUAGUUGUAGUUAGUUCUAGACUGUCCUGUGGGAUUCAGUUACAGUCAUGAUCAACUACUGAGUUGGAUUCUUGGAUAAAAAUGGCUGUUCAAAACUCUCUCCAAAUAGCUAGAAGUGGUACUGGUGAUUAUGACGAUGAUGGGCGUGCAAAGAGGACUGGAACUACACGGAGUGCUGUGGCUCAUAUCAUCACAGCCACUAUUGGUGCUGGUGUUCUGUCUCUGGCAUGGAGUACUUCCCAGUUGGGAUGGAUUGCAGGACCAUUUUUCUUGCUUUUUUGCGCAUUUGUGACAUGUGUUUCUUCAUUCCUCCUUUCCGAUUGUUACAGAACUGUGGAUCCUGUAACUGGCAAAAGAAACUAUACUUACAUGGAUGCUGUUAGAAUCUAUCUUGGUAAUAAAAGGACAUGGUUGGCUGGUUUCCUUCAAUAUUUGAGCUUGUAUGGGGUUACUGUUGCUUAUGUAAUUACCACAGCAACCUGUUUGAGAGCAAUACUGAAAUCAAAUUGUUAUCACAAGGAAGGACAUCAAGCUCCUUGUAAAUAUGGGGAUACAGAAUACAUGAUGCUGUUUGGACUAGUUCAGAUCGUAAUGUCAUUCAUACCAGACCUUCAUAACAUGGCAUGGGUUUCAGUUGUUGCUGCCAUAAUGUCCUUUGCAUAUUCAUCUAUUGGACUUGGACUUGGAGUCAAGACAGUAAUAGAAAAUGGAAGAAUUAUGGGUAGUUUAACAGGAGUACCAGCUGCAAAUAUUUCUGACAAGCUAUGGUUAGUCUUCCAAGCAAUUGGUGAUGUUGCCUUUGCUUAUCCAUACUCAGUCAUCCUCCUUGAGAUAGAGGACACUCUUGAGUCUCCUCCACCAGAAAACAAGACCAUGAAAAAGGCCUCCAUGAUUGCUAUCCUCAUUACAACAUUCUUCUAUCUCUGUUGUGGAUGCUUUGGAUAUGCAGCUUUUGGAAAUCAAACACCAGGGAACCUCUUGACAGGGUUUGGGUUUUAUGAGCCUUAUUGGCUCAUUGACUUUGCUAAUGCUUGCAUUGUUCUUCACUUGGUGGGAGGAUAUCAGAUUUUCUGUCAGCCGAUAUAUGGUGCUGUUGACAGAUGGUGUUCAAAAAGAUACCCUAACAGUGGCUUUGUGAAUAAUUUCUACCAAAUGAAGCUGCCUUGGUUGCCAGCUUUUCGGAUAAACUUGUUCAGGAUAUGUUUUAGAACAGCCUAUGUGAUUUCCACUACUGGACUUGCGAUCCUAUUUCCUUACUUUAAUCAAGUUCUGGGAGUGUUAGGAGCAUUAGGCUUUUGGCCAUUGGCUAUAUAUUUCCCAGUAGAGAUGUAUUUUGUGCAGAGGAAAAUUGAAGCUUGGUCUAGAAAAUGGAUUGUCUUAAGAACCUUCAGCUUUAUUUGCUUUCUUGUGUCACUGCUAGGUCUCAUUGGAUCACUUGAAGGAAUCAUAAGCGAGAAACUAAGCUAAUGAAGGGUGCUUCAUUUGUUUGCGU